UGAUAUUUGGCCUUACUUAUAAUCCGGGUGUGUUUCCAAGUCAACGUCCCAUGUGUCCCUAGCUUGGCUAUAGAAAGAGAAGAAGUGACAUUGUAAGAAGAAGAAGAGAAAGAGGAAGAGAAUGGUUGACAAUGAGAAGUCAUGUGUUUACAAGAACCGGGGCGCGCCAGUGGAGGCGCGUGUGAAGGACCUUCUCUCUCGGAUGACUCUGCCUGAGAAAAUCGGCCAGAUGACUUUGAUCGAACGCAGUGUGGCUUCUGAGGCCGUCAUUAGAGAUUUCUCCAUCGGUAGUGUACUGAACGCCGCGGGAAGUUGGCCAUUCGAGGAUGCAAAAUCGUCGAAUUGGGCGGAUAUGAUCGACGGGUUCCAGCGAUCAGCGUUGGAGUCGCGUUUGGGAAUUCCCAUCAUUUACGGCAUUGACGCCGUUCAUGGCAACAAUGACGUCUAUGGCGCCACCAUCUUCCCCCACAACAUUGGUCUCGGCGCCACCAGAGACGCGGAUUUGGUCAGAAGAAUUGGAGCUGCAACAGCGCUUGAAGUAAGGGCAAGCGGUGCUCACUGGGCGUUUGCUCCUUGUGUCGCAGUGGUGAAAGAUCCGAGAUGGGGAAGAUGCUAUGAGAGUUAUGGUGAAGUUGCUCCAAUUGUUUCUGAGAUGACUUCACUUGUCUCGGGUCUACAAGGCGAGCCAUCCAAAGAACACACAAAUGGUUACCCUUUUCUUGCAGGAAGAAAAAACGUGGUUGCGUGUGCCAAGCACUUUGUUGGAGAUGGUGGUACUAAUAAGGCCAUAAAUGAAGGAAACACCAUUUUGCGGUAUGAAGACUUGGAGAGGAAACACAUUGCUCCCUAUAAGAAAUGUAUUUCUCAAGGAGUCUCUACCGUUAUGGCCUCUUACUCCAGUUGGAACGGAGAGAAACUUCACUCACACUACUUCCUCUUAACGGAAGUUCUCAAACAAAAACUCGGUUUCAAGGGGUAUAUAGUUUCAGACUGGGAAGGUUUGGACCGGCUUAGCGACCCACCAGGUUCAAACUACCGCAAUUGUGUCAAAAUCGCGAUUAAUGCUGGAAUCGAUAUGGUGAUGGUACCUUUCAAGUAUGAACAGUUCAUAAAUGACCUGAUAGAUCUGGUGGAGUCAGGGGAAGUAUUGAUGGCUCGUGUUGAUGACGCUGUUGAAAGAAUACUCAGAGUGAAGUUUGUUGCAGGACUCUUCGAAUUUCCUCUUACGGAUCGAUCUUUGUUACCUACUGUUGGUUGCAAGGAACAUAGAGAGUUGGCGCGUGAAGCGGUUAGAAAGUCGCUAGUUCUGCUAAAGAACGGCAAAUAUGGAGAAUUUCUGCCAUUAAAUUGCAAUGCUGAGAGAAUUCUAGUGGUUGGAACGCAUGCAGAUGAUCUUGGAUAUCAAUGCGGUGGAUGGACAAAGACAAUGUAUGGUCAAAGCGGAAGGAUCACAGAUGGCACAACGCUUUUAGAUGCAAUAAAAGCAGCAGUUGGAGACGAAACCGAAGUGAUCUAUGAGAAAAGUCCAUCAGAGGAAACCUUAGCCUCUGGAUAUAGAUUUUCUUAUGCAAUUGUUGCGGUGGGGGAAUCGCCCUAUACAGAGACUAUGGGGGAUAACUCAGAACUUACAAUACCUUUUAACGGUAGCGAGAUUAUUACCGCGGUUGCAGAGAAAAUUCCGACUCUAGUGGUUUUGUUCUCAGGACGGCCUAUGGUUCUUGAGCCACAAGUUCUUGAAAAGGCAGAGGCUCUGAUCGCUGCUUGGCUGCCUGGUACUGAAGGACAAGGGAUUACUGAUGUAAUUUUCGGAGAUUAUGAGUUCCGAGGGAAGUUACCAGCGACCUGGUUCAAACGCGUAGACCAGUUGCCGCUUGACAUUGAAUCAAAUGGGUAUCUCCCAUUGUUUCCUCUUGGUUUUGGUCUCAAUCGUGAUUCUGUGGAGAACUCGAAAACGGUUUAAAUUUGUUGUUGAAUACCUUGAACAAAAUUUUCAAGGGACU